AUGGCUCCCUUAGCCGAAGUCGGGGGCUUCCUGGGCGGCCUGGAGGGCUUGGGCCAACAGGUGGGCUCGCACUUCCUGCUGCCUCCUGCCGGGGAGCGGCCGCCUCUGCUGGGCGAGCGCCGGGGCGCGGCGGAGCGGGGCGCCCGCGGCGGGCCGGGGGCUGCGGAGCUGGCGCACCUGCACGGCAUCCUGCGCCGCCGGCAGCUCUACUGCCGCACCGGCUUCCACCUGCAGAUCCUGCCCGACGGCAGCGUGCAGGGCACCCGGCAGGACCACAGCCUCUUUGGUAUUCUGGAGUUCAUCAGUGUGGCAGUGGGACUGGUCAGUAUUCGAGGUGUGGACAGUGGUCUUUACCUUGGAAUGAAUGACAAAGGAGAACUCUAUGGAUCAGAGAAACUGACUUCUGAAUGCAUCUUUCGGGAGCAAUUUGAAGAGAAUUGGUAUAAUACCUAUUCAUCCAACAUAUAUAAACAUGGAGACACUGGCCGCAGGUAUUUUGUGGCACUCAACAAAGACGGAACUCCAAGAGAUGGUGCCAGGUCCAAAAGACAUCAGAAAUUUACACAUUUCCUACCUAGACCAGUGGAUCCAGAAAGAGUUCCUGAAUUGUACAAGGACAUACUGAUGUACAGUUGA